AUGCUUCGCGCCACGAUGAGCAGGCCAAGCAGUGGCCUGCUCGGCACGACGUACCGCCGCAGUAGAGCCAUAUCUACUGCUAUCUCUUCAGGAUUGGUCAGAGAGAGAUCGAACCUUGCACUGCGAUCAGGUAGGAAGCUACCGGCGAUCACCGCAAACGUGUCUCGCAGAGGCUAUGCGAUGGCUGUUGAAGAGACCAACAAGGGAGUGGAUCCAAAUGACUCCUUCCUGCAAGGAAAUACAGCCAACUACAUUGAUGAAAUGUAUAUGGCAUGGAAACACGACCCGAAGUCCGUACACGUCUCGUGGCAAGCUUACUUCCGGAAUGUGGAGGAUGGAAAUAUGCCUAUAUCACAAGCCUUUCAGCCACCGCCAUCAAUCGCAUCUGCUUCUCAGGGGUUCAAUCUCGGCAGUGGAGUUGCUAUGCAACCUGGCGAAGGGGGAGACGUCCAGAAUCACUUAAAGGUACAACUUCUAGUGCGCGCUUACCAAGCUCGAGGACAUCACAAGGCAAAGACAGAUCCGUUAGGGAUCCGUGGCGAAGCAGAGGCGUUUGGCUACAACAGACCAAGGGAGCUGGAAGUAGACCAUUACAACUUCAAAGAGAGCGACAUGGACCAGGAAUUCACCUUGGGACCUGGUAUCCUCCCCCGGUUCGCAACCAAGGACAGGCAGAAGAUGACGCUUAGAGAGAUUGUUGCCGCUUGUGAGAAGAUUUACUGCGGCUCGUAUGGCGUCGAGUACAUCCAUAUUCCUGAUCGGGAGCAAUGCGACUGGAUCAGGAACCGCGUCGAGGUGCCAACCCCAUACAAGUACAACGUGGACGACAAGAGAAGAAUAUUGGACCGGCUGAUCUGGAGUUCGAGCUUUGAAGCUUUUCUUGCCACCAAAUAUCCGAAUGACAAAAGAUUUGGGCUCGAAGGUUGUGAGACUUUGGUACCUGGCAUGAAGGCAUUGAUAGAUCGAAGUGUCGAUUAUGGUGUGAGAGACAUCGUCAUUGGUAUGCCACACCGUGGUCGUCUCAACGUCCUGAGUAAUGUGGUUCGUAAGCCCAAUGAGUCGAUAUUUAGCGAAUUUGGCGGUUCUCAGGAAGCCACCGACGAGGGCUCUGGUGAUGUGAAGUACCAUCUGGGCAUGAACUUCGAACGCCCAACCCCUUCCGGUAAACGGGUCCAGCUUUCGCUGGUCGCCAAUCCGUCCCAUCUGGAAGCGGAAGACCCAGUCGUGCUGGGUAAGACUAGAGCAAUCCAGCAUUUCAAUCAGGAUGAGAGAAAGUUUAACACUGCGCUCGGAGUGCUAUUGCAUGGUGAUGCUGCAUUCGCCGGACAGGGAGUGGUUUAUGAGACGAUGGGAUUUCACUCUCUUCCUGCGUACUCAACUGGUGGUACCAUCCACAUUAUCGUCAACAACCAGAUAGGCUUUACCACUGAUCCACGUUUCUCACGCUCUACUCCCUACUGCUCCGAUAUUGCCAAGGCUAUCGACGCACCAGUCUUCCAUGUCAACGGCGACGAUGUCGAAGCCGUCAACUUUGUCUGCCAAAUGGCGGCCGACUGGCGGGCUGACUUCAAGAAAGAUUGCGUGAUUGAUAUCGUGUGCUACCGGAAACAAGGCCACAACGAAACCGAUCAACCAUCGUUCACUCAACCACUCAUGUACAAGCGAAUCAGCGAGGUCAAGCCUCAACUAGACAAGUACGUAGAGAAACUCAUCAACGAGCGAAGCUUUACCAAUGAGGACAUUGAUGAGCACAAGAAAUGGGUUUGGGGAAUGCUGAACGACAGCUUUGACAGGAGUAAGGACUACCAACCUACUGGCAAGGAAUGGCUCACUUCGGCCUGGAAUGGGUUUGCGUCACCCAGAGAGCUUGCCACCGAGGUUCUGCCACAUCUGCCGACCGCUGUGCCCGCCGAGCAGCUCAGAGAGAUUGGCGAUAAGAUCGCUGGCGCUCCUGAAGGAUUCCACGUCCAUCGCAACCUGAAACGAAUCCUUGCAAACAGGAAGAAGACCGUGAACGAGGGCAAGAACAUUGAUUGGUCAACUGCUGAAGCACUUGCAUUCGGCUCGCUGUGCAUGGAAGGCCAUCAUGUUCGUGUUUCCGGGCAAGAUGUCGAGCGAGGUACAUUCUCCCAACGUCAUGCUGUGUUGCACGAUCAGGAGAAUGAAGCGACGUGGACACCAUUGAACCACCUGUCCAAAGACCAAGGCCAGUUUGUCAUCUCCAAUUCAUCGCUGAGCGAGUUUGGUGUGCUCGGCUUUGAAUAUGGAUAUUCGCUCUCGUCGCCAAACGCCCUGGUGAUGUGGGAAGCUCAAUUCGGCGACUUCGCAAACAACGCGCAAUGUAUCAUCGAUCAAUUCAUCGCAUCAGGUGAGGUGAAGUGGCUGCAACGGACGGGUCUGGUCUGCUCCUUGCCUCAUGGCUAUGAUGGGCAAGGCCCCGAGCACUCUUCUGGCCGGAUGGAGAGGUACUUGCAACUUUGCAACGAAGAACCCCGAGUCUUUCCCACAGCGGAGAAGUUGGAACGUCAGCAUCAGGACUGCAACAUGCAGGUUGCCUACAUGACCACACCAGCUAAUUUAUUCCAUAUUCUACGAAGGCAGAUGAACAGACAAUUCCGAAAACCCCUUAUCAUGUUCUUCUCCAAAUCCCUUCUUCGCCAUCCCCUUGCGCGGUCAAGUAUUGAGGAUUUCACGGGCAAUUCACAUUUCAGCUGGAUCAUCCCCGAUCCCGCUCACCAGGAUCAGUCUAUCGCAUCGCACGACAAGAUUGAUCGUGUGAUUCUGUGUUCUGGUCAAGUCUAUGCUGCACUGGUCAAGCAUCGAGAGAGUAACGGCAUCAAGGACGCUGCCAUCACACGGAUUGAACAGCUCAAUCCAUUUCCGUGGCAACAGCUGAAGGAAAACCUUGAUUCAUAUCCCAAUGCGAGAGAUAUUGUGUGGUGUCAAGAGGAACCCCUGAAUGCGGGUGGGUGGUCAUUCGUCCAACCUCGGAUUGAGACACUGUUGAACGAAACCGAGCACCAUAACCGCCGCCACGUGAUGUAUGCUGGCCGGAACCCAAGUGCUAGUGUGGCUACUGGGCUGAAGACAAGCCAUCAGAAGGAAGAGCACGAGCUGUUGGCGGACGCGUUCAAGGUACAUCAAGAGGUGCUGAAGGGACAGGCGAAGAACGAGUAG